GGCACGGCGCCCAGGAUGUCUACCUGCCCGCGGCGCUGGAGCUCCUGGACGCCCCCGAGCACUUCCGCGCACAGCGGGCUGGUCACUACCCACCGGCCAACUCCUCUCUGGGCUCCCGGUCUGAGACCUUCCUGCUUCUGCAACCCUGGCCCAGGGCCCAGCCGCUCUUCCGGGCCUCCUACCCACCUUUCACCACCCAGCAGGUCGUGCCUCCUCAGGCCGUGGAGCCCCCGCGCCGGCCGGUCCCGUGGGACGUGCGGGCUGUCUCCCUGGAAGUGGCCGUGGCCCCGGCGGAGCCCCAUGCCCGCGUCCUCUUCCACCUCAAAGGGCAGGACUGGCCGCCAGGGCCCGGAAGCCUGCCCUGCGCCCGUCUGUACGCCACGCACCCCGCGGGCACUGCCCACCGUGCCUGCCGCUUCCAGCCUGCCCUCGGUGCCUGCGUGGUGGAGCUGGAGCUGCCUGCACCCUGGUUCUCACGGAGCACCCCCUCACGGGCCGCACUGGCCUACAUGCUGGAACCCACUGCAGAGGGCCCUGGGGGCUGUGCGCCUGGCGGGGACCAGGACCCCGCGCAGCAGGCCCUCCCCUUGGGGAGCGUGGAGCUGCGCCCCGAGGACCCCCCACAGCACCAGGAGGUGCCCCUGGACGAGGCUGUGACCCUGCGGGUGCCCGACAUGGCCGUGCGGCCGGGCCAGCCGUUCACCGCCACCGUCUUGCUGCGGCACAACUUCACGGCCGGUGUGCUGGCUCUGCGGUGUCCCCACCCCUGCAUGCUCCUGUCCUCGUGUGGACACAGCAGGCCAGGCCCAGGAGGCCGAGAGGAGCAAGGCCAGCCCAUUGGGCGCUGGGGCGCCCCAUGGCAGGAAGGGAGCUGCCCGGGCAGGAGAGCCGGGGCCCGGGGCCCCCCUUGCGUGAGGGUGAGGAUCAAGGUGAAGAAGGGGCUGCAGGUGACAGCCGCCCGCCCGGUACAGCCCGCGCGCUGGACGGCCAAGCUGGACCGCGUCCGGGGCUCCAAGCACCACAGCACUCUCAUCACCUGUCACCUUGCGGGGCCCGCAGGGCCAGACCCCAGCAGCGCCCCCGAGCUGUCCGAGUUCCUGUGGGUGGACUUCCUGGUGGAGAACGGCACCGGCGGGGGUGUGGCAGUCACACGACCCGUCACCUGGCAGCUGGAGUACCCGGGCCAGGCCCCCGACGCAGAGAAGGACAAAAUGGUGUGGGAGAUCCUGGUGUCCGAGCGGGACAUCAGAGCUCUCGUCCCGCUGGCCAAGGCCGAGGAGCUGGUGAACACGGCGCCGCUCACCGGACAGCCCGGCCGCAUCCCUGUGCGUCUGGUCACUGUGGAUGCCGGGGGCGCCCUGGCAGAGGUGACGGAGCACAUCGGCUGCAAGUCGGCCGACACGCAGGUCCUGCAGGUGUCCGAGGCCUGUGACGCGGUGUUCGUGGCCGGCACCGAGAGCCGGGGCGCCAAGGGGGUGCGGGUGGACUUCUGGUGGCGCCGGCUCCACGCCUCGCUGCGGCUGACAGUAUGGGCCCCGCUGCUGCCCCUGCGGGUCGAGCUGAGCGACGCCACCCUGGAGCAGGUCCGCGGCUGGAGGGUCCCGGGCCCGCCCGACGACGGGACUGGCUGCUGGACGUGACCCAUCUGGUGGCGCUGCACGCCCGCGUGCAGGACCCGCGCGUGGCCUCGCUGGAGGGCGGCCGCGUGCUCGUGGGCCGGGAGCCAGGUGUCACGGCCAUCGAGGUGCGGUCCCCGCUGUCCAAUGCCAUCCUGGGGGAGCAGGCGCUGGCCGUGACAGACGACAAGGUGUCUGUGCUGGAGCUGCGGGUGCAGCCUGUGAUGGGCAUCUCGCUGGCCCUGAGCCGGGGUAGCGCCCACCCUGGGGAGGUCACGGCCACCUGCUGGGCACAGUCAGCCCUUCCCACCCCGAAGCAGGAGGUGGCCCUCUCCCUGUGGCUGUCCUUCUCCGACCACACCACGGCCCCCGCCGAGCUCUACGACCGCCGUGAUCUGGGGCUGUCCGUCUCGGCUGAGGAGCCCAGUGCCGUCCUGCCUGCCACGGAGCAGGGUGCCCAGCUCGGGGUGGUGGUGAGCGGGGUGGGCACUGAGGCGCUGCCCCUGCACGUGGCUCUGCACCCGCCUGAGCCCUGCCGCCGCGGCCGCCAUCGGGUGCCCCUGGCCUCUGGCACCGCCUGGCUGGGGCUGCCCCCCACACCCACGCCUGCACCCACCCUCCCAGCAAGCCCGGCGCGGAGCCCACUGGCCACCGAGGCCAGCGUGGGGGGUGAGCGGCAGGCAGAGGGCGGCGUGGGUGUGAGAAGCAAGUUCGAGCGGGCAGAAGAGGCCCGAGAGGCCAAGGAGGAGGCCGAGGAGGAGGAAGAGGAAGAGAUGGUGCCAGCCCCUCAGCGCGUCACAGAGCUGGAGCUGGGCAUGUACGCCCUGCUGGGCAUCUUCUGCUUGGCCAUCCUCAUCUUCCUGGUCAACGGUGUGGUCUUUGUGCUGCGCUACCAGCGCAAGGAGCCCCCUGACAGUGCGGCUGACCCCGCCUCACCCCAGCCCCACAACUGGGUGUGGCUGGGCACCGACCAGGAAGAGCUGAGCCGCCAGCUGGACCGCGGGGCCCCCGAGCUGCCCAGGGGGGAGGGCGGCUGCCCCUGUGGAAGUGGGGCAGGAGGGGAGGCCCAGGCCCCUGUCCCUGGGCUGCCUGGGGACCUCCCGGGCCCUUCCAGCACCCUGGCCCGCAAGGAAGCGGGCGGACGGCGUAAGCGUGUGGAGUUUGUGACGUUCGCUCCCGUGCCCCCGGCCCAGCUGCCUGAGGAGCCCGCCGCGGUGCAGUCCAUCCUGGUGGCAGGCGAGGAGGACAUCCGCUGGGUGUGCGAGGACAUGGGGCUGAAGGACCCCGAGGAGCUCCGCAAUUACAUGGAGCGCAUCCGGGGCAGCUCCUGACCGUCCCGGCCAGCCAGGCCCGCGUCCCCCCGUGGGGCCUGCAGCCCACUGUGGUGUGGGGUCCCAGGAGCCUCCUGCCUGCCCCCUCGCAUCCUCUGGUGCUUGUUGACCCACACCCCUGCCCGGUCCCCUGCCCCAGCCCUUGCAUGGACCACAGUCUAGGAAGGGCUCCCUUAUUUAUGGGAACCAACGCGUUCCACGUUGGGUCCAGAAUAAACUCAGAAGGUGCCACGCGGG